CAAGGACUGGACUCAAAUGAGUGAAAAAGUAGCCAAUGUCCAAAGAAAAACUUUGAAAGACCUUCCGAAUGUCUGGAGAACUAUUGCUCAAGAGCACUUUAGAAAUUACAAGUCUGCCUCCUUGGAGUAAAAAUGUAAAGUAAUGAGAGAGAGGAAAAAAUACAGGAGUUUUCAUCCAAUUAUUUGAACAGCUCUGUUCAACAAUUAUUUUACAGGUUGUUUUUUGAGGGAUUUUUUGUAUCUUGUUUGACACAAACAUUUGACAUUUGGUUGUCAGCUGUGAAUUCUUAUGGUAGUGCUGAAAUGGUAUCAUCCAGCCCUAAUUUUUACUUGUUAAUUUUAUGGUUGGGUUGAAACUAUCGGUAAACAAGUCUUUCUGUAUACAAAGCUAAAGUUGUUGAUGAAAAUGACUAAAUCCUAUAACCCUUCAUUAACCUGGUAACAGUUCUAACAAAUUAAAGUUCACUUUAAUGAAGCUGUUAAAGGGGUCUCACAGACGGUGUAAGAUUUUCACACCUGGGUAAUUAUUCUUGCAAAUUUAGCUAUAAAUGUCUCUAUCUGGUUUUUCAGCUUACCAGUGAAUACCUGCAGUCAAUCUCCAAGGUGGCUGACACCUCAGAAGCUUCUGGAAGUUGUAUUGAAAGCACUGAUGAUGAAUAUAUUCCAUCAAAAGACUCACGGAAUGAAAGCAGUUCAGAGGGAUCUGACAGUCCUGCAAACAGGGUCCCAUUGUUGAAAAUUAAGAAAACAAAGAAGUCACAAAAGACUUCCAGAAGAAAAGCACUUCCAAGUACAUCUUCGGGUAAGGACCAUGAGACAGUAGAAAGUGAAAGCUCUCAACCUAACCAGGGAAAUAUUUUUGUGAUGAAGCUGCAAAAAAAGAAAAAUGGGGCUAGAGUAUACAGUAAAAAGCAUCACUGCUUAUACUGUCCACAGGAGUGCCAUAAAAUGGCAAGGCACUUAAUACGCAAGCACAGCAGUGAACUGGCUGUAGCAGAAGCAAUCAGUUUUCCUUUGAAAUCAAAGGAGCGCAAACUACAUUUUGACCUCAUUAGAAACAAGGGGAACCGUGCACAUAAUAUUGAGGUUCUGAAAGCGGGCUGUGGAACACUAAUCCCAAGUCAGCAAACUAAAAAACCAGUGAAGCCAAAUGACUACAUGCACUGUGUUAACUGCCAGGCACUGCUGAAAAGACAUUCAUUAUGGAGACACAUUUCAAGAUGCAAGCUUUCACAGAAAUGCAGCACAGCAAAACCAGGCAAAAGUCGGAUCCAGUCACUUUGUGCCUUUGCACAGCCUGUCCCAGAUGGUGUCAGCAGAAAGGUUUGGGAACUGGUGAAUGCUAUGCAUCAGGAUGAAGUCAGAAACAUCAUCAGAGAGGAGAAAAGUAUCUUGCGACUAGGAGAACACUUGUAUUCAAAACAUGGACAUGACAAGACCAAACAUGAGUACAUCAGACAAAAAAUGCGAGAAAUGGGACGGUUACUUCUGCGCUCACGGGAAGCAGGGACACUGAAAAAAAUGGAGGAUUUCUAUGUACCUUCAAAUUUCAAGUUUGUGGUUCAAGCAGUAAAGGAUGUGGCUGGCUUUGAUGAAGACAAAAACAUCUACAGAGCUCCAUCAUUGGCUCUGAAACUGGGCCAUAGUCUCAAGAAGAUUGCAGAUAUUCUUGAGUGUGAAGCAAAGAUGGCAGAUUUUCAUGAUGAGGAAUUUCUUAAGAAUCUGAAGAGAAGCCGGGAUCUUUAUGAGAAGAAAUGGGAUGUGUGUGUUUCAUCUCGUGCCCUGCAAACUCUAAAAGAAGGAAAAUGGAACACUCCUCAACUCCUCCCUUUCACCGAGGAUGUAAAAACCAUGCACAUGUAUCUUGAUAGGUACAGAAAAGAAUACCAAACCAGACUUGCCAGUGAUCCCAAUAAGAAGAACUGGUCAAUGCUGGCCAAUUUGACUCUUUGCGAAGUGAUACUGUUUAACCGGAGGAGAGAGGGUGAGGUAUCAAAAAUGCCACUAACUGCAUUCACCCUGCGAGACACUUCAGGAGUCCAUUCGGAUUUGGCAGUAGGACUUUCAGAGUUGGAACAAAAACUUUGUCGCCAUUUCCAGCGCAUUGAAAUAAGAGGGAAAAGGAACAGAAAAGUUCCUAUCCUCUUAACACCAGACAUGCUGUCCUCAAUGGAAGCCUUGGUUUCACAUCGGCGGGCCUGUGGUGUGUCUGAUGAAAAUCCCUUUUUCUUCUCUAGACCUGAAGCAGACACUCACUUCAGGGGAUCAGAUGCCAUCAGACAGAUUGCAAAGGAAUGUGGAGCGAAGCAUCCAGAAACACUGUCCUCAACUAAGUUGAGAAAGCAUGUGUCCACAUUGUCCACAGUCCUAAAUCUGAGAGACAAUGAGAUGGACAUCCUCGCAAAUUUUCUAGGCCAUGAUAUCAGAGUCCAUAGGGAGUACUAUAGACUGCCUGAAGGAACACUUGAGUUGGCUAAAGUCAGCAAAGUGCUCAUUGCUCUAGAACAAGGCCGACUGUCAGACUUCAAGGGAAUGAGCCUCGAUCAAAUCCAAAUUAAUCCCAAUGGUAAACAAAAUGUUCUUAUAUUUUUUAUUUCAGAGUAAAUGUCUUUUGUGCUACAUGGUUUUCUUAUCACUGCUUUACAGAAGAAAUGCAGGAAGAUGUGGAAAGUGAUCUUUCAGAGACGGAUGCAUCAAAGGAGUCAUCGUUCAGUUCCUCAACAUCGAGAUCCCAAAGAUCGAGAAGUCAGCCAACCACUGAGUUUGAUGAAACACCCACAGGAUCCUCAACACCCAAGAAAAGAGAGGAGACGGGAUCUGACAUUGACGACCCUAAAGAGGGUACAUCUCACACCCACCGCACACCCUGUUUUCACCUCAGGAACUUCAAAGGAAAAGGAGUCUGACACUGAUGCCACUAAAAUGGGACCACCAGGAUUCAAGCAAGGACAGUGGACCACAGAUGAGCCUGAUGGUGACCACCCUACUACAGGAACAUCAAAGAAGAGGACUUGGACAUCAGCUGAGGUCCAUGCUGUGGAAAAGACACUAAUGUCCUUCAUUGAGUCUGGUAAAGUACCAGGAAAGUCGGAGUGCGUUGCCUGUAUUGAGGCUUCACCGAAAGCACUUAAAAACAGAACCUGGACAGGGGUAAAGUUCUAUGUAAAAAAUCGAAUCACUGCAAUGCAGCGUAAAGCUGCAAAAAGAGUUUAACAGCCUGUUCUUAAUUGUUCAUUUGUGCCUUGUUUGCCCCUUUGCAAUGUUUUUACGUUCUGUGCUAGAACAAUGUUUUUGGACGUCAAAAAAAAAAAAACAUUUGGAAAGAUUCAUGUUCCAUUUGAAUUAGUUUUAAUUAUGUUUUGAAAAGGAAAAGGCAUUCCUGUUCGGACAUGUCUAAAAAUGCCACCUUGCUUAUCAGGGAGUACUGUCUUAUAUAUACUUAUAUUUAUACUUGUAUAUAAUAUGAUAUAUAGAGAUAUAGAUAUAUAGAUAGAUAUAUGUAUGUGUGCGUAUAUAGAUAAACACAUACACUGUUUGUUGGAUGUAAGGGGCUGAAGGUCUGACUUUAAAAGGCUGAAAUAAAUGUUAUGUGAAGGCAUAAACUCAGAUUGUUUGCCCAUUUCGUACAGUAGGUGACUUCUUUUAACCGUCAAAUGUGGUUUGGUAAAAAUAUUGUUUUGUUUUCUGUUAAAGCAGAUCUGAUGCUUCAUAUCUGAUGAAAAUCAACUGACAAACUGAAUUGAUUUAAAAUUAUUUUAUUUGCAUAUGUUCAGUCAUACCAAGUAAAACACUAUAGAAAAUGUUACCUUUUGCUCAACUUUUACAACAUUCUUAAAUUUCAUAAGUAGUGUUUGUGUAAUUUCAUAACUUCCUAACUAAUAUUUUAGAAUCAGA